CGCCCCUUACUUCAGUCACAUCACAGGUCCCGGGGUAGCUAGGCCAUGAAACUUUAGGAGACCAUGUCGAGACGCGACGUCGUCCUCACCAAUGUCACCGUUGUCCAACUGCUGCGACCACCAUGCACAGUGAUCAGACCACCCCCACCCCCACCAGAGCCACAGCCAGAGCCUAAGCCAGUCAGGGAGGAGGUCAAGCCACUGCCGCCUCCUCCUUCUCCAACACCCAAGAAACUACCCCCACGUCCAGAGCUGAUAGUGGGCAUCAAUGGAUUUGGACGUAUUGGUCGCCUGGUGUUGCGAGCCUGCAUGGAGAAGGGCAUUAGAGUGGUGGCUGUGAAUGACCCAUUCAUUGAUCCGGAGUACAUGGUGUACAUGUUCCAGUAUGAUUCCACACACGGCAGAUAUAAAGGGUGUGUGGAUCACAAGAACGGGCAGCUGAUCGUGAACAACCAAGCAAUCAAGGUCUACCAGUGCAAGGACCCCAGAGAAAUACCCUGGAAUGAAGUUGGGAACCCCUAUGUGGUGGAGGCCACAGGCGCGUACCUAUCCCUAGAAGCAACUUCGGCACACAUCUCAGCAGGUGCCCGCCGGGUGGUCAUCUGUGCGCCCUCGCCGGAUGCGCCAAUGUUUGUCAUGGGGGUGAACGAGAGCAGUUAUAACCCUGGGUCCAUGAAAAUUGUCAGCAACGCAUCCUGUACCACCAACUGUCUGGCCCCCCUCGCCAAGGUCAUCCAUGAGCGAUUUGGGAUCGUGCAGGGGUUGAUGACCACAGUUCACUCCUACACGGCCACCCAGAAGACAGUGGAUGGGCCAUCAAAGAAGGCCUGGCGAGAUGGGCGGGGUGCCCACCAGAACAUCAUCCCAGCCUCCACAGGGGCAGCCAAAGCUGUGGGUGCCGUCAUCCCCGACCUCAAAGGGAAGCUAACAGGAAUGGCAUUCCGAGUGCCAACCCCAGAUGUGUCUGUCGUGGACCUCACCUGCUGCCUGGCCCAGCCUGCCUCCUACUCGGCCAUCAAAGAGGCUGUGAAAGCAGCAGCCAACGGACCCAUGGCUGGUAUCCUUGCCUACACUGAGGAUGAGGUGGUUUCCACGGACUUCGUCGGCGAUUCUCACUCGUCCAUCUUCGACGCUAAGGCUGGCAUCGCCCUCAAUGACAAGUUCGUGAAACUCAUCGCCUGGUACGACAACGAAUACGGCUACAGUAACCGGGUGGUCGACCUCCUCUGCUACAUGUUCAGCCGAGAGUAGUAGAGCCGCAAAGCUCCUCCUCUGCGUUCUCACACUGGGCUCCCCGGGCAAAAUAAAAACUCAACUGUUCACAACUGC